AUGGGAGCACUGGUCCGCAUUGUUCCACAUCGGUUCCAUGCUAGUCCAUACUGGUCCAUAGUGGUCCAUACUGCCACCAACCGCUUCUUCCUCUCCUUCCCUUUGCGCACCACUUCCGAUUUCGCGGCGCGUCACUUCCGGCGCGACGCAUUUUUUUCCCCCCCUCCCCUCCCUUCCCCCCAACAUGGCGGACCCUCCGGCGCUCUCCGCUCCUCCGGGAACGGCGGAAAACGGCGCCGCGGGGCGGACCCCCACCCCCCCCCGGGCAGAAGCGGGGCCCGGGCCCCCCCCGCCGCCACCCCCUCCCCCCCCCCCCCGCCCCCUCCCCCGCCCCGGGAAGCGGAAGUGGCGGUGGAGAUCGGGGAAACGUACCUGUGCCGGAGGGCGGACGGCAGCUGGCACUCAGCAGAGGUGAUUCAGUCGCGGCUGAACGAGCAGGAGGGCCGCGAGGAGUUCUACGUGCACUACGUCGGCUUUAACCGCCGCUUGGACGAAUGGGUGGACCGGAACCGUUUGGCGCUGAGCAAAACGCUGAAGGACGCCGUGCAGAAAAACUCGGAGCAGUUUUUGGGGGAACUCCCAGAACAGCCGGAGAGGAAAAUCACCCGGAACCAAAAACGGAAACACGAUGAGAUCAACCACGUGCAGAAGACCUACGCAGAGAUGGACCCCACCACGGCCGCGCUGGAGAAGGAGCACGAAGCGAUCACCAAAGUGAAAUACGUGGACAAAAUCCACAUCGGGCACUUUGAGAUCGACGCGUGGUAUUUCUCCCCCUUCCCCGAGGAUUACGGGAAGCAGCCCAAGCUGUGGAUCUGCGAGUACUGCCUCAAGUACAUGAAGUACGAGCGCACCUACCGCCUCCACCUGGGUCAGUGCCAAUGGCGACAGCCUCCGGGACGGGAAAUCUACCGCAAGAGCAACAUCUCUGUGUAUGAGGUGGACGGCAAAGACCACAAGAUCUACUGCCAGAACCUCUGCCUGCUGGCCAAGCUGUUCCUGGACCACAAGACGCUGUACUUCGACGUGGAGCCCUUCGUUUUCUACCUGCUGACCGAGGUGGACCGCCAGGGAGCCCACAUUGUGGGGUACUUCUCCAAGGAGAAGGAGUCCCCCGAUGGGAACAACGUUGCCUGCAUCCUCACGCUGCCGCCGUACCAACGCCGCGGAUACGGGAAGUUCCUCAUCGCCUUCAGUUAUGAGCUGUCGAAGCUGGAGAGCACCGUGGGGUCCCCCGAGAAACCGCUGUCGGAUUUGGGCAAACUGAGCUACCGCAGCUACUGGAGCUGGGUGCUGCUCGAGAUCCUGCGCGACUUCCGCGGCACGCUGUCCAUCAAGGACCUCAGCCAGAUGACGAGCAUCACGCAGACGGACAUCAUCAGCACCCUGCAGUCGCUCAACAUGGUGAAGUACUGGAAGGGGCAGCACGUCAUCUGCGUCACCCCCAAACUGGUGGAGGAGCACCUCAAAAGCGCCCAGUACAAGAAGCCCCCCAUCACCGUCGAUUCCAUCUGCCUGCGUUGGGCUCCGCCGAAGCACAAACAGGCGAAGCUGCCCAAGAAGUGACGCCCACCGCCGCCAGCGGCACCCAUGGGUGCCCCCAACACCCAAUGGGGUCACCUCUAUGCGUCCCCAGCACCCAUGGGUGCCCCCAACACCCAGCAGUGUCCCCAACACCCAUGGGUGCCCCCAACACCCAACGGGGUCACCUUAUAGCAUCCCCAACACCCAUGGGUGCCCCCAACACCCAUCGGCGUCCCCAGCACCCAUGGGUGCCCCCAGAGCCCAAUGGUGUCACCUUUAUGCGUCCCCAGCACCCAUGGGUGCCCCCAACGCCCAUCAGUGUCACCUUCAGGUGUCCCCAGCACCCAUGGGUGCCCCCAACACCCAAUGGGGUCACCUUCAGGUGUCCCCAGCACCCAUGGGUGCCCCCAACACCCAACGGGGUCACCUUAUAGCGUCCCCAGCACCCAUGGGUGCCCCCAACACCCAAUGGGGUCACCUUAUAGCAUCCCCAGCACCCAUGGGUGCCCCCAACACCCAGCAGUGUCCCCAGCACCCAUGGGUGCCCCCAACACCCAUCAGUGUUGCCUCUAUGUGACCCCAGCACCUGUGGGUGCCCCCAACACCCAAUGGGGUCACCUUAUAGCGUCCCCAGCACCCAUGGGUGCCCCCAACACUCAAUGGGGUCACCUUAUAGCAUCCCCAGCACCCAUGGGUGCCCCCAACACCCAAUGGGGUCACCUUCAGGUGUCCCCAGCACCCAUGGGUGCCCCCAGAGCCCAAUGGUGUCACCUUUAUGCGUCCCCAGCACCCAUGGGUGCCCCCAACACCCAAUGGGGUCACCUUAUAGCAUCCCCAGCACCCAUGGGUGCCCCCAACGCCCAUUGGAGUCACCUUUAUGCGUCCCCAGCACCCAUGGGUGCCCCCAACGCCCAAUGGUGUCACCUUAAAGUGUCCCCAGCACCCAUGGGUGCCCCCAACACCCAACGGGGUCACCUUAUAGCAUCCCCAGCACCCAUGGGUGCCCCCAACACCCAAUGGGGUCACCUCUAUGUGACCCCAGCACCCAUGGGUGCCCCCAACACCCAACGGGGUCACCUUAUAGCGUCCCCAGCACCCAUGGGCGCCCCCAACACCCAAUGGUGUCACCUCUAUGUGUCCCCAGCACCCAUGGGUGCCCCCAACGCCCAUCAGUGUCACCUUUAUGCGUCCCCAGCACCCAUGGGUGCCCCCAAAGCCCAAUGAUGUCACCUUAAAGUGUCCCCAGCACCCAUGGGUGCCCCCAACACCCAAUGGGGUCACCUUAUAGCAUCCCCAGCACCCAUGGGUGCCCCCAACACCCAUCAGUGUCACCUCUAUGUGUCCCCAGCACCCAUGGGUGCCCCCAACACCCAAUGGUGUCACCUCUAUGUGUCCCCAGCACCCAUGGGUGCCCCCAACGCCCAUCAGUGUCACCUUUAUGCGUCCCCAGCACCCAUGGGUGCCCCCAACACCCAAUGGUGUCACCUUUAUGCGUCCCCAGCACCCAUGGGUGCCCCCAACACCCAACGGGGUCACCUUAUAGCGUCCCCAGCACCCAUGGGUGCCCCCAACACCCAAUGGGGUCACCUUAUAGCGUCCCCAGCACCCAUGGGUGCCCCCAACACCCAACGGGGUCACCUUAUAGCGUCCCCAGCACCCAUGGGUGCCCCCAACACCCAAUGGGGUCACCUUCAGGUGUCCCCAGCACCCAUUGAUGUCACCUUUAUGCGUCCCCAGCACCAUGGGUGCCCCCAACACCCAUCAGUGUCCCCAGCACCCAUGGGUGCCCCCAAAGCCCAUCCGUGUCACCUUCAGGUGUCCCCAACGCCCAUCAGUGUCACCUUUAUGCGUCCCCAGCACCCAUGGGUGCCCCCAACACCCAAUGGGGUCACCUCUAUGUGUCCCCAGCACCCAUGGGUGCCCCCAACACCCAUCAGUGUCACCUCUAUGUGUCCCCAGCACCCAUGGGUGCUCCCAACACCCAACGGGGUCACCUUAUAGCGUCCCCAGCACCCAUGGGUGCCCCCAACACCCAAUGGGGUCACCCCUAUGUGUCCCCAGCACCCAUGGGUGCCCCCAGAGCCCAAUGGUGUCACCUUUAUGCGUCCCCAGCACCCAUGGGUGCCCCCAACACCCAUCAGUGUCGCCUCUAUGUGACCCCAGCACCCAUGGGUGCCCCCAACACCCAAUGGGGUCACCUUAUAGCAUCCCCAGCACCCAUGGGUGCCCCCAACACCCAACGGGGUCACCUUAUAGCAUCCCCAGCACCCAUGGGUGCCCCCAACACCCAUCGGCGUCCCCAGCACCCAUGGGUGCCCCCAACACCCAACGGGGUCACCUCUAUGCGUCCCCAGCACCCAUGGGUGCCCCCAACACUCAAUGGGGUCACCUUAUAGCAUCCCCAGCACCCAUGGGUGCCCCCAACACCCAAUGGGGUCACCUUAUAGCGUCCCCAGCACCCAUGGGUGCCCCCAACACCCAUCAGUGUCCCCAGCACCCAUGGGUGCCCCCAAAGCCCAUCCGUGUCACCUUCAGGUGUCCCCAACGCCCAUCAGUGUCACCUUUAUGCGUCCCCAGCACCCAUGGGUGCCCCCAACACCCAAUGGGGUCACCUCUAUGUGUCCCCAGCACCCAUGGGUGCCCCCAACACCCAUCAGUGUCACCUCUAUGUGUCCCCAGCACCCAUGGGUGCUCCCAACACCCAACGGGGUCACCUUAUAGCGUCCCCAGCACCCAUGGGUGCCCCCAACACCCAAUGGGGUCACCCCUAUGUGUCCCCAGCACCCAUGGGUGCCCCCAGAGCCCAAUGGUGUCACCUUUAUGCGUCCCCAGCACCCAUGGGUGCCCCCAACACCCAUCAGUGUCGCCUCUAUGUGACCCCAGCACCCAUGGGUGCCCCCAACACCCAAUGGGGUCACCUUAUAGCAUCCCCAGCACCCAUGGGUGCCCCCAACACCCAACGGGGUCACCUUAUAGCAUCCCCAGCACCCAUGGGUGCCCCCAACACCCAUCGGCGUCCCCAGCACCCAUGGGUGCCCCCAACACCCAACGGGGUCACCUCUAUGCGUCCCCAGCACCCAUGGGUGCCCCCAACACUCAAUGGGGUCACCUUAUAGCAUCCCCAGCACCCAUGGGUGCCCCCAACACCCAAUGGGGUCACCUUAUAGCGUCCCCAGCACCCAUGGGUGCCCCCAACACCCAAUGGGGUCACCUUAUAGCAUCCCCAGCACCCAUGGGUGCCCCCAACACCCAACGGGGUCACCUUAUAGCGUCCCCAGCACCCAUGGGUGCCCCCAAAGCCCAAUGGUGUCACCUUCAGGCGUCCCCAGCACCCAUGGGUGCCCCCAACACCCAUCAGUGUCACCUCUAUGUGUCCCCAGCACCCAUGGGUGCCCCCAACACCCAAUGGGGUCACCUCUAUGUGUCCCCAGCACCCAUGGGUGCCCCCAACGCCCAUCAGUGUCACCUUCAGGUGUCCCCAGCACCCAUGGGUGCCCCCAACACCCAAUGGGGUCACCUUCAGGUGUCCCCAGCACCCAUGGGUGCCCCCAACACCCAACGGGGUCACCUUAUAGCGUCCCCAGCACCCAUGGGUGCCCCCAACACCCAAUGGGGUCGCCUUUAUGUGUCCCCAGCACCCAUGGGUGCCCCCAACACCCAUCAGUGUCCCCAGCACCCAUGGGUGCCCCCAACACCCAACGGGGUCACCUUAUAGCGUCCCCAGCACCCAUGGGUGCCCCCAAAGCCCAAUGGUGUCACCUUCAGGCGUCCCCAGCACCCAUGGGUGCCCCCAACACCCAUCAGUGUCACCUCUAUGUAUCCCCAGCACCCAUGGGUGCCCCCAACACUCAAUGGGGUCGCCUUUAUGUGUCCCCAGCACCCAUGGGUGCCCCCAACACCCAACGGGGUCACCUUAUAGCAUCCCCAGCACCCAUGGGUGCCCCCAACACCCAUCCCUGUCACCUUCAGGUGUCCCCAGCACCCAUUGAUGUCACCUUUAUGCGUCCCCAGCACCAUGGGUGCCCCCAACACCCAUCAGUGUCCCCAGCACCCAUGGGUGCCCCCAAAGCCCAUCCGUGUCACCUUCAGGUGUCCCCAACGCCCAUCAGUGUCACCUUUAUGCGUCCCCAGCACCCAUGGGUGCCCCCAACACCCAAUGGGGUCACCUUAUAGCGUCCCCAGCACCCAUGGGCGCCCCCAACACCCAUCGGGGUCACCUCUAUGUGUCCCCAGCACCCAUGGGUGCCCCCAACACCCAAUGGUGUCACCUCUAUGUGUCCCCAGCACCCAUGGGUGCCCCCAACACCCAUCAGUGUCCCCAGCACCCAUGGGUGCCCCCAAAGCCCAUCCGUGUCACCUCUAUGUGUCCCCAACGCCCAUCAGUGUCACCUUUAUGCAUCCCCAGCACCCAUGGGUGCCCCCAAAGCCCAAUGAUGUCACCUUAAAGUGUCCCCAGCACCCAUGGGUGCCCCGCGCUGUUCGGGCCAUAAAGUGGAAGGCGGAA